AUGUCCCUGGUCCCUGUCAAGCCUUGGUCUUCCCUACAGUCUACGUGCGGACUAGUGCUGUUGCCAAUGACAAUGGGAUUGACAACGUUAUACACAGAAUCCUCCAAAUUAUUACAGUUCCAAGUACAAGAUGCGUGGUUCGAAGUACCUGGAGUUCAGCUGGUUACAUUCAGUGUUCCGGGCGCUUAUCCCUCACGGGGUAACCGAGGAAAUUCGAAAUACAAACAAGCAAGACCUGCACACACAAUGGGGAUCUUUGUGACGGCGAUGCUCGGAAAAGGUCGCAGUCAGAAUAUUUGCUGUGUUUUCUUCAUUCAUAGUGUGAAGUAAGCCGGUUUUCGUGCCAGGUGGAUAUACGAGGGGAGCCUUUACAACGGUGCUUCGGUCGAGCUGGCAAAUACCGCUUUUACGUAAGUG